ACCCAUACAAGUACACAACCCCACGCGACGCGAGGAAGGAAGACGUCAAUACGGGCAAAGGAAAGGGGGCAGAUCGUAAGAAAGGUCCCCAGCUGCUCGCAAAGGAGGUGAGGAGGGCGUGGUGCCUGGUCCAGAUCCCGUUUCCGCCAUGGCGGAGCAGUUCGCGGAGUCAGCGAACAAUGUCAUCAUCGAAGAGGUGAACAAGGGCCUGAACCCUGGAAUGAUCGUCCUGCUUGUGGUUGCGACCUUCCUGCUGCUCUUCUUUGUUGGGAACUAUGCGCUCUACCUGUACGCGCAGAAGACGCUCCCUCCGAAGAAGAAGAAGCCAGUCUCCAAGAAGAAGCUCAAGAGGGAAAAGCUGAAGCAAGGGGUUUCCGCACCAGGGGAGUGAAGAGAUCCAUUGAUUUCUCAUGUCGAUUGCUUUAUGCUGGGCUCCGUUUUACCUGAUAAAAAAGACAUACCAGCUGGAGCCGCAGCGACUGUUUAUGUAGAAGCCUUGUCUUGAGUGGUACAUCGUCGGUAUUGGACACCUUAUUUCAGCGAACUGAUAAACCUUAGCCUAAAUUGAGCUGUUGUGCUUGUGCUGCCCCUGGUUAUAGUUUUUUUAAUUAAAAACUUUGCUGGUGAUCAUCUGUGGCAAACUUGGUAAACCUGUGUAGCCUUUUGCAGUUCGGGAUAUUGUGUUGCAUUGUGGUUUGGCGUC